AGUUAUGAACAGUUUUUAAGUGAAAGUGAAAGUAUGUGAACUCACAAACAGACUUUCUUUUGAGAUAAGACCGGAGCAGAAGGAGGACAGGGGUGAGUGUUUAUUCAGACUUGCUGGUUUAAUUUUAAUGUCAAACUCUUUAUUUGUGUCAUUAGUUGAUGAAGAAUGAUUUGCUGACUAAUAUACUUUAAAACUGUGAAGUAAAGAAAGCUGACCAGACACAGAGCUGGAUCAGUUCUUGAUACAGGAAACUGCGUAGCUACGUGCAGUUCUUCCUCCUUUUUUAGACUUGACUUUUUCGUAAAAACAAAAAUGAGUAUCUUUUCAUUUGGCCUCUAAUUUUCAAAAAAUUCAGUCUCUUGAGUCUUUAUGAGACUGCAGGGACCUCAAACCUGUCAUUGUUUUUUUUUAGCCUUAGGUCAGAUAAGGAUCAGGGAGAGGCCCUGCAGAGUCAUCAUAGGUGCUUGGUUACAUAUUAACCCCUGUAUUAGGUAGAGAAGGGUAUUAAGCAUUUCUUUCUUUCUGAUACUUAUUUAAUAGCUUCUCAUGAUUUUCAGCAAAGAGAAAAGCCUCAUGUUUCUCACUCUUGUUUAAUAAAAUACCAUUAUUUCAGCUUCCAUCUGAAAUGCUUUAUUUUAGCUGCUGUCUCUUCAGGCCCCCUCGUUCACAAGCGUACUUCUAUUUCUGAACACCCCCUUCCUGUUUGUAUCUCACUCAUUUCUCUUCUUUGUCCACAGGUUAUAACUUGGUUUUAUUUUCUACACAUUUGCACAACAUAAGAUGGAGAAGAUGAGUGAUUGUGUCGAGGAAGAGGAGGGCAGAGCAAAGUCUCCUCUGUCCAGCUGUCUGUCUAUGAAGAGUGACCGGUCUAAAAGAAAUCCACCGCUCUUCAGUAAAGAACCAGGACCCUCAGAUACACAGUAAGAGAAAUACUUUUUAAAUCCCUGAAUGUUCAAAGGGCAUCUUUCUGUGUUGUGACUGAAAAUUUUAAACACUGGUUACUUUUUUAUCAUGUCAAAAUAAAGUCCUUUACACCUAAAAUGAGGUGAUUUUCCUGUUUAAAUUGCUGGUAAAGAAAAAGUCACUGAACACAGACUGAAACAAGAGUCUGAAUGAGACACAAAAGUGAUUUGAUCAUGAUGAACUUAGAUGUGAACAGUCUAGAGAAAGAGUGACGUCAGAAACUUUGGUUUACUAAAUGCUUCUUAUUCUGUAUCUUUCAAACAUUAAAUUACAAUGAUAAAGAAAAUACAUUUUCUUUAUUUCCUCAGAGAGACAGAGAGAUUUGAUCCUGUAGAGGAGCAGCUGUCCAGCUCUGACAGCACUUACAGAAGUAAGUCUGAACAUCUGUCCUUUAAAGUCACUGUCUAUAAAAACACAACUGACUUAUUUAUUACAGAGAUGUUUUUGUGUUGAACAGUUUGGUUAGUUUUAAUAUUCCUCUUUUUCAGUAAAUCGUGGUCUGCAGGAGGUUUUAGAUGAACAUAAGAUCAGUCUGAAGAGGAGAUGUGAAGGUGUGAAUGAAGGAAGUGAUGAAGCAGGAAGUCAAACCCUCCUCAACAGGAUCUUCACAGAUCUCUACAUCACAGAGGGACUGAGUGAAGAGGUGAACACACAACAUGAGGUGAGACAGCUGGAGACAGUUUCAAAGAUGAAGACCCUCCAUGACACACCGAUCAAGUGCCAUGAAAUCUUCAGAGUCUUACCAGGUCAACAGGAAGUCAUCAGAGUGGUUCUGACCAACGGUGUGGCUGGUGUUGGAAAAACCUUCUCAGUGCAGAAGUUCACUCUGGACUGGGCAGAUGGUUUGGAAAACCAAGACCUCCAUCUGGUGGUUCUGCUUUCAUUCAGGGAGCUGAACCUGAUCAGAGAUGAGCGCUUCAGUCUUCUGAGUCUGCUCCAUGUUUUCCAUCCAACACUAGAGAAGGUCACAGCAGAGAUGCUGGCUGUCUGUAAACUUCUGUUCAUCUUUGACGGUCUGGAUGAAAGCAGACUGUCUCUGGAUUUCACAGACUCUGAGGUGGUGUCUGACGUCACACAGAAGUCUUCACUCAACGUUCUGUUAACAAACCUCAUCAAGGGGAACCUGCUCCCCUCAGCUCUCAUCUGGAUAACUUCUCGACCUGCAGCAGCCAAUCAGAUCCCUCCUUCAUGUGUGGACAGGGUAACAGAAGUACGAGGCUUCACUGACGCCCAGAAGGAGGAGUACUUCAGGAAGAGGUCCAGAGAUGAGGAUCUGUCCAGAAGAAUCAUCAAACACAUCAAGUCCUCCAGGAGCCUCCACAUCAUGUGUCACAUCCCGGUCUUCUGCUGGAUCACUGCUACAGUUCUGGAGGACAUGAUGAUCAGAGAGCAGAGAGGAGAGCUGCCCAAGACCCUGACUGACAUGUACUCAAACUUCCUGCUGGUCCAGACAAAAAAGAAGAAGCAGAAAUAUGAAGGAGGACAUGAGACAAGUCCUCAGGAGCUGAUGGAGGCUGACGGUGAAGUCCUCCUGAAGCUGGGGAGGCUGGCCUUUGAACAUCUGGAGAAAGGAAACAUCAUGUUCUCCCAAGAAGACCUGGAGCGGUGUGGUCUGGAUGUCUCAGAGGCCUUGGUGUUCUCAGGAGUUUGUACAGAGACCUUCAGAGAGAGUUUGAUCUUCCAGAAAACAGUUUACUGUUUCAUUCAUCUGAGCGUUCAGGAGUUUCUGUCUGCAGUCUACAUGUUCCACUGUUUCACCAACAGGAACAAAGAAGUUCUGGAGGCUUUCCUAAACGACAACGAACAUACAGACUCAUAUGCAAUGUCUUUCCUCAAGACAGUUUCCAGUUUUUUUCUAAACCUGGAUAACCGUUUCUCAUCUCUGGAUAUCUUCCUGAAGAGAAUUAUGGAGAAAUCUCUUCUCAGUCAAAAUGGUCACCUGGACCUGUUUGUUCGCUUCCUUCAUGGACUCUCUCUGGAGUCAAACCAGAGACUCUUAGGAGGUCUGCUGGGUCACACAGACAACAGUCCAGAAAUGAUCCAAAGAGUCAUCAAGAACCUGAAGGAGAUGAACAGUGAAGAUGUCUCUCCUGACAGAAGCAUCAACAUCUUCCACUGUCUGAUGGAGAUGAAGGAUCUGUCAGUUCAUCACAAGAUCAUAGCGUUCCUGAAGUCAAAGAACAGAUCUAAGAAUCUUUCAGAGAUCCACUGCUCUGCUCUGGCCCACAUACUGCAGAUGUCAGAGGAGGUUCUGGAUGAGUUGGACUUAAAGAUGUACAACACAUCAGCCCAGGGACGACUGAGACUGAUCCCAGCUGUGAGGAACUGCAGAAAGGCUGAGUAAGUCCAGGUUUUAUUCUCAGAACAGUUUAAAUGAACCCUGUAGUUCUUCCAAUGCCCACUUUACUCAUGAUACUGAUGAUUACCAAUGAUGUCUUUAGGUUUGUAAAAAACGUUUUCUUGGUGUCAAAAAGCUUGCUUGUCUCCUCUCAUGUGUUUCAAACGUUAGAUCAUGUUUGAGUUGUUUUUGGUGAAGAAAAGCUUAAAAAUACCCUUCUAUUAAAUAUUGUUUGAUAUUUAUGUUGUUACAGUCUUUCUUACUGUGGACUCUCAGAGACUCACUGUGAAGUUGUGGCCUCAGCUCUGAAGUCCAACCCCUCCCAUCUGAGACAUCUGGACCUGAGUCUAAACAAACUGCAGGAUUCAGGAGUGAAGCUUCUCUCUGCUGGACUGAAGAGUCCAAACUGCAGACUGGAGACUCUGAGGUCAGACACCAUUUUCUUCUGAUGGACCGAUACAAUGUGAAAGUUGUUGCUUUAGAUUUUUCUCUGUGUUUUUUCCAUCAACUUUGGUCGAGCAGUUUGAAUUUGUAGUUGUAAAACUUUAACACAGGAAGAAACAUCCCACAUUUAAGAGUUGACUUUGAGUAGAACGAUGGACGUAGAAAGGAAGCAGGAGAAAAACAGUCAUAAAUAUUACACAUACUUGUAGCGGGCAGGAACAGCACGGACUAAAGGCUGAUAUUGAACUGAUCCACGAUUAAUGUAUUUUAACAAUAUUUUGUCCCAUUGAUCCUAUAAAAACCUUACUGAUAAAUGAUCUGUUGGUUUAUUUUUAGGUAGUUUGGCAGUUGUUGACACCAGACAGUUGGACCCCUGAAUAAACUAAUGGUUAUUUUAAUCUUAAUGAAGAAUUCAUGAAUGAAAAACUUCAGAUUUCUCACACUAGUUUCUCAGGAUCUCACAAAAACUUUCUGUAUCUUAAAUUUCCUUCACCUGAAAAAUUCCUCGGGAUCUUCAGAAAGUUUAGUAAGGAUUUUACAAAGUUCCUGAAGAUCAACUCUGAAAAGGUUGUUCUUCCAUGUUCUUCAGGUGCUCAAUGACAGUGAAUCCUUAAAAGCAGGAACAGUUUCUUUAACAGGCUAAAUGAUUGUUGUUUUUUUUUCAGACUGUUGGACUGCAGUUUGUCAGAGGUCAGCUGUUCUUCUCUGGUCUCAGCUCUGAAGUCCAACCCCUCCCAUCUGAGAGAGCUGGACCUGAGUGAUAACCAGCUGCAGGAUUCAGGAGUGAAGCUGUUGUGUGACUUUCAACAGAGUCCAAACUGUGAACUGGAGACUUUGAUGUAAGCCUUGUUUUCUCCACUCAAGCAGUUGCACAGUUUGUCAGUGUAGCGCUGUUGCUUGAAUUUUGUUUGAUUGUUUUUGAAUCUUUAUUUGAAAACCUGAAUCAUAUGGCCUAUCUGCACUUUUCUGAGGCCUCCGUGACUUGAGACAGAACUAUUUACCUCUUAAAUACGUGAUAAUUUUGGUUCACCGAAAUUACAAUAUUCUCAACAUCCUUAUCUCCAUCUAUUCCAAAGUAGUGGACAUUUUUUUUACAAUAUUGUGCUGAAUCUACAAUCAGUAAAAAUGUAUCUGAGUUUGUUUUCACUACUUAAUGUAUUUUUGAAUCCACUGUUUCAAACUUACUUCCUGUUUAGUUCAGCUAUUUGGAGUCUCACUGUUCUUUGGUUCAUCCAAACCUUUUCCCUGCUCUCUACAGAAUUGGGACAUCAGAUUUCAAACUGGAUCCAUUUUUUAGACUGGAUUCUCAUUAUUUCUUCUUCAUUUAGGUUAAGUAACUGCAGUUUGUCAGAGAUCAGCUGUUCUUCUUUGGUGUCAGCUCUGAAGUCCAACCCCUCCCAUCUGAGAGAGCUGGACCUGAGUAAGAACAACAAGCUGCAGGAUUCAGGGGUGGAGCUGCUGUGUGACCUUCUAAAGAGUCCAAAAUGUCAAUUGGAGACUCUGAGGUAAGUGUAGUUUGGUUUAGUCAGAGUUCUCUAAACUUGAUAUUUUAAACCUGAACAUCUGAAGUUUUAUAAUAAAUUAUUUUUAUAUAUGUUCUCUAUUCCAUUUUCAGAUUGUGGGGCUGCAGUAUUUCAGAGACCAGCUUUUCUUCUCUGGCCACAACUCUGACGUCCAACCCCUCCCACCUGAAGACGCUCGACCUGAGAAACAACCAGCUGCAGGAUUCAGGAGUAAAGCUGCUGUGUGACUUUCUACAGAGUCCAAACUGUGAACUGGAGACUCUGGAGUGAGAUUUUUUUUCUCCAUUCAGUCACAAGUGUAAUUAGUUUGUGAUGAUGACACUAAACUGUGUCAGCAAAUCAGCAAAAAUGUAUCUGAGUUUGUUUUCACUAUUUAAUGCGUUUUUGAAUUCACUGUUUCAAACUUUCUUCCUGUUUAGUUCAGCGCUUUGGAGCCUCACUUUUCUUUAGUUCAUGUUUUCCAAACCUUUCCCCUGCACUCUACAGAUUUAGGACAUCAGAUUUCAAACUGGAUCAUUUUUUUAAUGUCUAAAAUCUCAUUAUUUGCUUUAUCUAGAUUGGGUAAGUGCAGUUUGUCAGAGAACAGUUUUUCUUCUCUGGUCUCAGCUCUGAAGUCCAACCCCUCCCAUCUGAGGAAGCUGAACCUGAGUCACAACAAGCUGCAGGAUUCAGGAGUGAAGCUGCUGUGUGACCUUCUCAAGAGUCCAAAAUGUAAAUUGGAGACUCUGAGGUAAGUUUAGUGUUUCUUUUUCUGGUCUUAAUUUCUAUGUUUUGUCAAUUUUUUUUAACUCAAUUUAAAUUUUCAUAACAUUAUUUUGAUAUUUUCAGAAAUGUCUUCUUGCUCACAUAAAUUCAUUGUUUUUUAUUUGAUCAGCAGUCACUGAUAUUUUCUUCAUUGAUUGUUGAGGAUUUUUUUAAUAAAUGGUAAGGGUGUAUAUCUGCUGGCUGGUCCAGUCCAGUGCUCACAGUAGAGACAGCACAGUCUGUUCUAGGUUGAGUGUUUUUGUGGAAGAUCAGUGUACAGUGAGGAAUGAAGGCAGACAAAAUCAUUCUGCUUCCUCUAUGUCAUAUUGGAAGUUUAUUUUAAGCAUCUUUGCCUUUUAUUGAUCAGAGCACUGAAAGGUAACAGGAGAUGCAGGGAGUAGGAGGAGGGGGGGGUGACUUAAAUCAAAGUUUGAUUAUUAAAUAUUUAUAUCUAUAUUCUCUAUUCUUUUUCAGACUGUGGGACUGCAGUUUGUCAAAGAUCAGUUUUUCUUCUCUGGCCUCAGCUCUGAAGUCUAACCCUUCUCAUCUGAGAGAGCUGAACCUGAGUUACAAUGAGCUGCAGGAUUCAGGAGUAGAGCUGCUGUGUGACUUUCUACAGAGUCCAACCUGUGAACUGGAGACUCUGGAGUGAGACUUUUUUUUCUCCAUUCAAUCUUAAGUGUAAUUAGUUAGUGAUAAUGACAAUAAACUGCCUACAGGUGUGUUUUUGAAUUCACUGUUUCAAACUAGCUUCCUGUUUGGUUUAACUCUUUGGGGCGUCACUUCUCUUUGAUUCACUCUUUCAAACCUUUCCCCUGCUCUCUACAGAUUUAAGACGUCAGAUUUUUUGUCUCAAAUCUCAUUAUUUUCUCUUUAUUUAGAUUGAGUAACUGCAGUUUGUCAGUGAUCAGCUGUUGUUCUCUGGCGUCAGCUCUGAAGUCCAACCCCUCCCAUCUGAAAACUCUGAGGAUGUUUGGCAACAAGUUGCAGGAUUCAGAGAUGAAGGUGCUGUAUGAUCUUCAGAAGAGUCCAGACUAUGGACUGGAGACUCUGAGGUCAGUAUAAAGUUGGAGUUAGUCUGAGCUGAUCUCUCCUGUCACACUCCACACAGUAUCACAGCAAAUAUUCAGUAUUUCCUGCUGACUCUUCAACCCUCUCAGAGGAUUUUGUCUUAAGUGAAGCUGUGUGAACGGAAAUCAUCAAUCGAGGAGUGUAAGACUGUCAGUCGUUAAAAAAAAGUGUCUUCUCGUGUAUUUCAGAUCAAAUGUAGAAAAGAGACUCAUUUAUUUUAAUGAGUUGAUUUAUUUUUGCAUCCUUGUCAGCUGUUUAGACGACAUUUUAGCUCAACAAUCUGAUGGUUGGUCUGAUUCACAGACAUGAACAGGUUCACAUUGAGCUUCCACAUGACUUCUCGCACACAGAGACAAUUUCAACAGCAAACCAGUGAGACUCUGAUGUUGAGCUAGUGAGAGGUCAAAGGUCAAAUAAGAUAAGAAACUGCUGCCUUUAUAUUCAUAAACAGAACAAAUGUAACAACAGUAUAAACAUGGUGAUGCCUUCAAGGACUCUUUGAGCUGCAAAUGUUCAAUAUAUUAAAAUGAGAGCUGAGAGGAAACAUGCUGCUUUACACCAUCACAUGUGGUCUGAGCAGGACUGAAACCUGCUGGUCUUUAAACUGGAUGUUCUUCAGUCCAGCUGAUGAAGUGAGUCUCAGAAACACUGAUUGUCUUUUUUCUCUCCUCAGAUGGUAGCAACAUCUGUCAGAGUGAUUUAAAAAGAGGAUCAUCUGGAUCAGAGAGGUGGAGGUAGCAACAGUCAGGGUGAGGUGAGUCUCUGACUGAAAGACUGACUGACCAAUCACAGCAGGCGAAGAGGACUCUGGGAGAUGCAGUUUGACCUGCUCUGAGAUCAGCUCAAGACCUGGACUAUGGAUAUUUGAUAUUUUCCCUCAUAUUCUGGAAUCAAACAGUCUGAACAGGUUUGUUUUAUUUAUGGGAACAUUGUUGUAUAUUUACACAUUGAGCUGAUUUUUUUUUACCUUUGAUGCAGCGCCACCCAGUGGAAAUAUAAAGUGGUGGAGUUGAUUUAUUCCCACCUAUUUUUACAGCAGGAGUUGAUACCAUAUGUGAUAGUUGAUAAGUCAUUUAUCUGUCUGUGAUACAUUUGUAAAUUUAGAGGUAGCUUCAAUCCACUAUUCAGCCUGAUGUUCUAAAAACCAACAUUUCUGGACUAAUGUCUGUUGUAUUUUAUCUUAGAUUGUAAAUAUGUGGAUUAUUUCAGAGCCUUACUCUAAUAGGACCGCACUGAUAUAGAUUUCAUGUGUUCUUGUUCAAAUGUAAUCUUUGUACCUAUCAAAAAUCAAUUAUAUACUUUUUUUCCAUACAAAAACUGGUGUUUGGCUUACAGCGUUGUUAAAAGAGAAUUGAUGCUACAUGAUGGUAAUCGUCCCUGUUUCAACUGUUUCAAAAAUGUGCUGCUGGCAGCAAAUUUAGGAGUCUAUUAAUCCUUCACAAGUCUACUUACGACUGCAUAAAGGACAAUGUUUGGCUUGUUUUAUGCUGAAAGUAGUCUGUAAAAGAAGCUGUGCUGUUUGGUUGUUGAGGAAACUCCUCACGUUAAUUGGCCAAUAUUACAACAGGCAUGUUGUAUCCAUGGAAUUGCCCCCCAGUACCUUAAAGAACUUCUCAGCCCCCUGAUCUCAGCACGCUCACUUCGUUCCACCAACAGCUACAGACACUUUCCUUCCAGUACUAAGAACCACACGCUCGCUGACUGUGGAACACCCUCCCGAAUAUCUGAGGGCUCCACUGACGAUUGUGUUUUAAAAGAGAUCUUAAAACUUUCCUUUUCAAAGAAUCGUUUAAUUUGUAGUUGUCUUGUUUAUUCAAUAAAGAUUUAACAUCCAACUCAGUUUUAAAGUCUCUGCCUUUUUUAACUUUAUUUUUAUGAAUACAUUCAGUUUUAAUUAAAAUACUUGUAAAGAGUGAAAAAAAAGAAAACAACUAAAAAAGAACAGGAAAGGAAAGGCACAGAUGGAAAAAUAUACAUACAAAUAUAUAUUGUUUCAUAGGGAGAGAAGAAUCAAAGUAACAGUGCAUACAUUUCAAAAGGUAGGUCCAGGGUUUACAGAUAUUUCAGUCAUUUUUGUUCCAUUUGUCCACAGAUUGUCCUUCAUAUCAAAACAGGACAGAGCCAUCCUUGCCCUAGUGCCCAACAGCACAUAGAGAGCAUAUCAAAUAGGACAGUAGGGGGCACUGUACUCAGGCAUAAAAGAAAACAAAGGCAAAAUAAUGAAACAGAGCACAUUAUAAGUUGUCAUAAAC